AAAAGAUAUGGAAUUUCUUCGGAGCAGUAAAGAUAAAGCCUGUUGAUGUUCGUGAAUAAAAAGGAAAUUCAAACCAUGACAUGAAUUCCUGUUCCAGAUAAUUCUUAGGUUUGCUCAGCUGUUAAAUCACAAUUUUGUUCAACUUACCUUAGAAAAAGCAAAGAAUCAAAUCUCUUACUUUUCUUCAUGUCACUCCUUGUUUGUUACAGGAGAAAAAAUUCUCAAUCAUAGUCACACGUAAAAAACAGAAUCAAGUAAGGAUGCAAAGCACAACACUUGCCUAUCAGCAUGUUUCUCGUUCCAUUUUUGUUUGACGGCCAAGAUUAUUUGAAGAUUUUGGUACUAAGUUCACCCUGGAGCUUAGGAAACUCAAGAACCUGGAUUUAAUGACCGCCCAUUUCCUAUCAGAGAGGCUUGAACUACAUUAAAAUCAAUCAACUAUGUUAAACACUGCGCAGCAAGGUCCCAGACAAGUACCGUAAUAAAGGGAGAGGGGGUGCGACAGGAGGACCACUUAAAGUAAUAGGCUUCUUGUUAACGAUCCAACAAUUUAAUUGGAUAUGAAGCAAGGAAGUUGAUUCAAGUCAGCUUUAUUCCAUUUGCGAUGGCUAUAAAUAGGUUUGUCUGAUGGCAACAAAUAUACAAGCCAUCUUCUCCCUCUUUCUGCAACCAAAACCCCAAGUUUUUAUCUUGCCUUUUUUUUUUCUGUAAUAUUCAAUGGAUCAGCAGAAGACAACCCCAGGGCUUUUUAAGCCAACAAUGAUCGGACCCCUCAACAAUCCCGCUGUUGCUGCUCAGGCACUCCUCCGUGACCCUGCUGCUCCUCAAGCACUCAUUAGCAAUCCUGCUGCUGCUGCUGCUCAGGCACUUCUCGACAACCGUGCUGCUACUAUUCAGCCACUCAAACCAGGUGUUGGUCAGCAGCUCAUUAGCCAUCCUGUUUCUGGUCAGCCACAAAUCAUUACUCCUGGUGCUAAUCAGGCAUUAAUCAGCAAACCUAGCACUACUCAGGCAAUGAUGAAGAGUCCCAGUGCUAGUCAAGCACUCAUCCGGGCUGACCGUGGGGGCAUGCUAAGCAUGUCAGAUGACAAUGCGAUGAUGAAGCAAAUUUGGGCAACCCAUGCGCCUGAUGGCCGAGAAGUUGAUGUUCGACCACUUCUCUAUCUGGUUGAGGACAUCCUCAAUCGUGCCACCCAGCAUGUUGAUUUCAUUGUCAAGGGUACUCUAGCUCAAAUUGAAAUGGAAGAAAAAGCCCAGCAAGCAAAUUAUAUAGCAAUGCUUGAAGCUCUUACAUAUACCAUUGAUCGAAUUGCAUGCGAGCUAUCAUACAAGGCUUUGGGAGGUUCAGAUGCACAUGCAACAACAACUGCAAUAUUCAAUUUGCUAUCAAGCUAUACAUGGGAUGCUAAGCUAGUGCUGUCCCUAUCAGCCUUUGCUUUGAACUAUGGAGAAUUCUGGCUUCUUGCUCAGAUUUACUCAACAAACCAACUUGCCAAGUCAAUGGCAAUCCUGAGGCAACUGCCAUCAAUCCUGGAGCACACAGCUCCUCUGAAACCCCGGUUUGAUGCACUCAACAAUUUGAUUCGGACAAUGAUGGAUGUGACUAGAUGUGUUGUUGAGUUUAAGGAGCUUCCAUCAAUGUACAUUUUACCAGACGUACCGGCAUUGGCCACUGCCUUGACCCAUAUCCCAACUGCUGUUUACUGGACCAUCAGGAGCAUGGUGGCGUGUGCAACUCAAAUUACCAACCUUACUAGCAUGGGUCAUGAGUUUGGAAUAUCAACUACAGAGUCGUGGGAGUUAUCCACCUUGGCUCACAAACUCAAGAACAUAUAUGAACAUCUAAAGCAGCAGCUGAACUUUUGCUACCAAUUUAUUGAGGAAAGGAAAGAUGUUGAAACUUACCAGUUGCUUCUGAAUCUAUUUGAUCCGAACGUGAUCCACAUUGACAAUAUGAAAAUUCUCAAGGCCUUGAUUUAUGCCAGGGAUGACAGAUUUCCCCUUCUUGACGGUGCUACAAAGAGACAGGUUGGCCUGGACGUGCUGAGAAGGAAAAAUGUGCUCUUGCUCAUUUCAAGCCUGGAAUUCUCCAAUGAUGAGCUUUCUAUCCUCGAGCAGAUAUAUAAUGAGUCCAGGGUCCAUCCAACAAGGCUAGAUAGUCAGUAUGAGGUUGUUUGGAUCCCAAUUGUGGACCGUACCAUCGUCCCAUUGACCGCUGAAACGCGAACCAAAUUUGAAAACCUACGAAGCACCAUGCCAUGGUACUCAGUGGAGGACCCUUUGCUCAUAGAGAAGCCAGUCAUCAGGUUCAUCAAGGAGGUUUGGCACUUCAGGACCAAGCCGAUCCUUGUGGUGCUAGACCCUCAAGGGAAGGUGGUUUCCCCUAAUGCAAUCCACAUGAUGUGGAUUUGGGGAAGCACUGCAUUCCCCUUCACUAGCUUGAGAGAAGAAGCUCUCUGGAGGGAAGAAACAUGGAGGCUUGAUCUACUGGUUGAUGGCAUUGACCCAAUGGUCCUCAAUUGGAUUAAAGAAGGUAAAUACAUUUUCUUGUAUGGAGGUGAUGAUGUUGAGUGGGUGAGAAGAUUUGCAACCGCAGCACGCAGUGUUGCAUCUGCAUCUCGCAUUUCUCUAGAAAUGGUCUAUGUGGGGAAAAGCACCAAAAGAGAGCAAGUCAGGAAAGUGACAGGAAUUAUCAAUUUGGAGAAGCUUAGCUAUGCCUGGCAAGAUAUGGCCAUGGUUUGGUUCUUCUGGACCAGGUUAGAGAGUAUGCUGUUUUCCAAGAUUCAAUUAGGCAGGGCUGAUGACCAGGAUCCAAUGAUGCAACAAAUCAAGAAGCUGCUUAGCUAUGACAGAGAAGGUGGAUGGGCAGUGCUUAGUAGAGGGUCUAAUAUAGUGGUGAAUGGCCAUUCCACCACAGUUUUGCCUGCUUUGGGUGGUUAUGAUGAAUGGAAAGUGAAUGUGGCGGAAAAAGGUUUUGAUUUGGCAUUCAAGGAGUACCAUGACAAGCUUCAUGAUGUUGCUCACCCUUGCUGCCGAUUCGAGUUCCCAACUACCACAAGGAUCCCGGAGAGCAUGAGGUGCCCUGAAUGCCACCGCCUCAUGGAGAAAUACACCACUUUCCUCUGCUGCCAUGAUGAGCAAGGCAUUCCAGGCUCACUGUUUUAAGCUGGAAGGCCUUCAUCACUGUCUUUCCUACUACUACAGCCACUAAAUAAUGAUGUCCUAUGGGGCUCAAAAUCUAAAUUUUUCUUAAAAAUUUUCACUUGGCCUGUCAAGGUUUGUGUUUGACAUGUAAGCCAACGGCCACUAUGUGACCAAAGUUGGCAACCUAUAAUUGUUAAAAAUAAAAUAAUCAUGUUUGAUUUCUACAUUGUUGUCAAGUAUAUGAUAUUAUAAAGAGCAAACUUUA